AUGGCUCGCUUGAUUGUUACUCUGCUUGCGGCAGCGGCUGUUGUUCCAUUCGCGCAGGCUGAUUAUUGCUGUUCCGCUCUUGCACUCACUUCCCUGAGGAGUCGCCUGUUCUUCCCGGGUCAAGACGCAUACGAGACGCGGGAGGACUCUUAUUUCGAUGUGAAGCAGCAAGUCAUCACACCCAACUGCAUCGUCCAGCCCAAGACUGCCAAGGAAGUCGCACUCGCUGUGAAGACCCUCACAGCCGCGAGUCUGCUCAAGUCGUGCAAGUUUGCCAUUCGUAGCGCUGGACAUACUCCCUACGCUGGGGCCUCCAAUAUUGAGGAUGGCGUGACACUCGACUUGCGUUACCUCAGCGCCGUUGAGUAUGACGCUAAAAAGGCUCUCGUCAGAGUGGGUCCUGCGGCAUCAUGGAACGACGUAUACAAUGUCCUCGAGCCACUUAAUGUAAUGACGAGUGGCGGGCGUUCAUCCACGGUCGGUGUUGGUGGUCUUACGCUCGGUGGUGGUAUCUCAUACUUCUCACCAGGACGAGGAUUGGUCUGCGAUAAUGUGAUCGAGUUCGAAGUCGUUCUUGCCGACGGCCGUAUCGUGGCCGCCUCCAAGACCUCAUAUCCCGACCUCUUUGCUGUCCUCAAAGGCGGUAACAACAACUUCGGCAUCGUCACCAGCUUCAAAUUUGGUACCUUUGACUACAACGGUCUGUGGGGUGGCCUCGUCAUUUACCCAGAAUCGACUAUCCAGGAUCACUUCAAGGCUCUCAUCAACUUCUCGAACAACAUUGACAAGGAGCCCAAGGGAUCAGCUAUCGUCAUGCCGGUGUACCAGAGUUCUGCUGGUGCCGAUUUGAUCUUGAAUGCGUACGAUUAUGCCGAGCCAGUACCGAGACCUGCAGCCUACGACGAGUUCCUGGCGAUUCCUGGCAAUAUCUCGGAUUCAACAGGUAUCAGGAACAUGUCGUCGCUGGCAGCGGAGCUUGCAGGCGCCACAACCCACAGUGUAUACUUUGGUACACUCACCUUUGCCAAUGAUCUCCGGGUCAUGACCAAAGCCCAUGAGAUAUAUAUGGAUGUGCUGUCCAACCUCAAAGCCAAGGCCACAGGCGACUGGCAAAUCUACGUGCUUUACCAGCCCCUUCCCCCCUCGUACUGGAGGCAGAGCGCUUCGAAAGGUGGCAACAUGUUAGGCUUGGAACGCUUUGGUGAGCAGGUAUUGUGUCUAUACCAACCUUACAUCUCCUGGCAAGGAGCUGAGCAAGAUGCUCUCUUCCAAGGCGCAGGUGCAGAUCUCAUCAACAGGAUUCGCGAGUAUGCUGAGAGCAUCGGUGCUGAUAACCCAUAUCUCUACCUGAACUACGCAGACAACACGCAGGAUCCGCUUGCAAGCUAUGGCUCAGAGUCUGUGAAGAAGAUGAAGGCGGCGGCUAAGAAGUAUGAUCCUUUUGGUGUUUUCCAGAAGCUUGUGCCUGGUGGCUUUAAGAUCUCGAAUGUACACUAG